AUGGUUGUCUUGUGGAAUCUGAGCGAAGGGAUACAACAGUGUAUCGCGGAUACACUAUUUGGCUCAAAUAAGAGGCCCCCGACGACGAAACUGACAGCUUUAGCCAAACAUCGUCCCCGUGCAAAAUUUAAUCUUUUGGACCUUCCUAACGAACUUAUCUAUGCUGUUGGCGUUGCCGCUGAGAGAAGAGAUGCCAGGGCCCUGUCAACAACAUGCCGUCGACUUCGAGAGAAUCUGGCCAGUAUCGUAUGGUCCAGAGUUAAACUCUCUAUCGGACUAUGUGUAACCUCUAGCGAUAUCGAUACUUUCGUCGCCUACCUUGAAGAACACUGCGAGAAGUUUGGCCUCAUCAAAGAGGCAACUAUUCACUUUGAUGGUUGUCGCACCGAAUGUCCGCCCUGCUGUGUUGAUGAGCUACUAUCGGUGCCUAAGGCUGCAUAUAUCAUUAACGCGAUGACAUCGCUCGAAUCACUCUCACUCGACGUUCAGAAUCUCUCUGCCAAGCAAAUCAAGACGUUGACAGAUGAACUCCGUUCCGGACCUAAUAUUGAGGUUUUAGAGUUAAAGUGCGAAAAGAAUAGUCGUUGCUUGAUGGAGUGCGUUGGAGAGGCCACAGGCCCCGGUUCUUCCCAGUCCAUAGCAGCACCAGAGAUCUCCUCGCAUCUUGGGAGCCAGUCCACAAGAGCCACGAUAUCCAGACCGAAGCACAAAUCAACAAACGACUGCGGAAUAAACUAUAUUGCAGAAAGAUUCCCGCAACUCAAGUCACUGGUCAUUCGGGAACCACUGUUUGACGGAUAUCAGUUGACUAAUUCACACUUUACUGCCGACAAAAUACCUCAGAUCGAUGGCAUGAUGCUAGGCACAGCGUUAAAGGAGAAGCUACCCACCCUGCAGCGGUUUGUUUGCACAAUACACUUUGCCAAUCCUAUUGAUCUCGUGCCUCAUUUGUCCCGCUUCAGACCUCUCAUCAGUAUGGCUGCAGCAAACCAUCCGGCACUGAAUGAGAUGGUGAUUAUUUUAAGCCGCAUGUACCUGAUUUGUUGGAAGCGUGAGAGCAACCAUAUCUCUUUGAGAGAAUGCUAUGGGCCGUGGCUCUUCCGCUCUAUGCCUAUAUUUGAGCAAACUGUGCUCGAGUCGCUGUUACUCAAUACUGUACCACUAGAACCCGCCGAAUAG